AUGACUAGGAGCACAUCUCAAGUGCCUGUGCCCAAAUGCAGGCAGCAUGGGGAGCAAACAGGUGGCAUUAGACAUCCCCAUGCUGCCACUGAGCUUGGACCUCCUGUGGAAUUGCACACAUCCUUGUGUGGAAUGGCUCUCAGGACAGGAGUGCUGCAGGAGAUGCACACAGGCUCUUCAGGAAGGAUGGGCUGGGAAGGUGAGGAGCAGGAGCUGUGCUCUAUGCAAAAAGGUGGCAGCAGUGCAUGGGAAGUUCCCUGUGGACAGAGCAAGCUGGCCCAGAGGCCUCAGACCAUUCGGCAAACUCUUCAAAGGACACUGCAGUAUUUUGAGCAUCAAGUUAUUGGUUACAGGGAUGCAGAGAAGAACUUUCACAAUAUAUCAAACAGAUGCUCCUAUACAGACUGUACUGGCAGUGAAGAAGCUGAAGAUGUCUCAGGAAUUCUCCAGUGUACGGCUAAUGUACUUGGUCUGAAGUUUGAGGAAAUGCAAGAAAAGUUUGGGGAGGAAUUCUUCAAUAUCUGCUUUGAUGAGAAUGAAAGAGUUCUUCGAGCUGUAGGUGGGACCCUUCAAGACUUCUUCAAUGGCUUUGAUGCUUUGCUGGAGCACAUUAGAACUUCAUUUGGAAGACAGGCCACCCUGGAAUCCCCUUCUUUCCUAUGCAAAGAGCUCCCUGAAGGCAAUCUCAUGCUUCAUUACUUUCACCCACAUCAGAUUGUGGGAUUUGCAAUGAUGGGAAUGAUAAAGGCAGCAGCAAAGAAGAUUUACCGCUUAGAAGUGGAAGUAGAACAGGUCACUAAUGAUAACUUGUGUUCAGAGGGGACGAACCCAGGUAACUGCAGUUGUCUGACUUUCCUUAUCAAAGAACAUGAAAAUGCAAAUAUCACAAAAGCACUUCCACAUGGAACUUCUCAGUCCCCCUUAGACCUGAGGAUUAGCAUCAGCACCUUCUGCAGAGCUUUCCCCUUUCAUCUGAUGUUUGAUCCAAACAUGCUGGUUCUUCAGCUUGGAGAAGGUCUUAGAAAGCAGCUCAGAUGUGACACUCAUAAAACUCUGAAAUUUCAAGACUGCUUCGACAUAGUUUCUCCUAAAAUCAGUGCCACAUUUGAACGGGUUCUCCUGAGGUUAUCUACUCCCUUUGUCAUUCGCACCAAACUUGAGGAUUCUGGCUCUGAAAAUAAAGAUAAGGUCAUGGAAAUCAAAGGACAAAUGAUUCAUGUGCCAGAAUCAAAUUCAAUUUUGUUUCUGGGUUCCCCCUGUGUGGACAAACUGGAUGAACUGAUGGGGCGAGGCCUCCAUCUUUCGGACAUACCUAUCCAUGAUGCUACUCGCGAUGUCAUAUUGGUUGGGGAGCAGGCAAAGGCCCAGGAUGGCUUGAAAAAGCGAAUGGAUAAGCUGAAGGCAACGCUAGAAUGCACACACCAAGCCCUGGAAGAGGAGAAAAAGAAAACAGUAGAUCUCCUUAUUUCUAUUUUCCCUGAAGAAGUGGCUCAGCAGUUAUGGCAGGGGCAGCAGGUUCAGGCCAGGAAGUUUGAUGAUGUCACCAUGCUUUUCUCGGACAUUGUUGGCUUCACUGCUAUCUGUGCGCAGUGCACGCCCAUGCAAGUUAUCAGCAUGCUGAACGAACUCUACACGCGGUUUGACCAUCAGUGUGGAUUCCUGGACAUCUACAAGGUGGAAACAAUAGGUGAUGCAUACUGUGUUGCAGCAGGGCUCCAUAAGAAAAGCCUUAGUCACGCUAAAGCCAUUGCCCUGAUGGCACUGAAGAUGAUGGAGCUAUCAGAAGAGGUUCUCACUCCAGAUGGGAGCCCUAUUAAGAUGAGGAUAGGCAUUCACUCAGGAUCGGUGCUGGCCGGUGUCGUUGGUGUAAGAAUGCCACGUUAUUGUCUCUUUGGGAACAACGUCACCCUCGCAAGCAAGUUCGAGUCAGGAAGUCACCCACGCCGCAUCAAUGUCAGUCCAACCACAUACCAGCUUUUGAAAAAGGAAGAAAAUUUUAUUUUUAUCCCUCGUUCCCGUGAAGAGCUUCCAGAAAACUUUCCAAAGGAAAUUCCUGGGAUCUGUUACUUCCUCGAAGUCAGAAGUAGUCAGAAGCCGCCAAAACCCUCCAUCACAUCUGCCAGAGUGAGAAAGGUUUCUUACAACAUUGGCACCAUGUUCCUCCGGGAGACUAGCCUAUGAGGCCUGCUGCAGAUCAAAGACUCAUCAAAAAAGCACAAGCCCAGAACUGGGUCAUGGCAGGGGAGUUGGAGUUUCUUUCUAUUUCACUGCCUUGUUCUGAACAAGCAGUAAAAGCUCCAUGUAAUGUCAGGCAAUAAUCAUUUUAAAAGGUGGGUGAUUGCUGUCAGUAAACAAAGUGGGAAUAGGGAAAAAAAAAAACCCCAAAACAAAGUACUUCCAGAGGAAUUUCCUUCAUAAACUUCAGUCUGGCCCCUCUAUGACAAACAAAACCAAACAAAACAAAAAAACCCCAACUCUCAAAUUAGAGGUUGGUUUUGUUUUGUGCAGAAAGGAUGAUGGUUCUCUGUAGAUUUGCACCAGCUAAGCAGAAUUGAGUCAGUUCUGAUUAUGCAUUCCUACAUUUAAUGCGUUCUUCAGUAAGGUAAUGAUGUUUUUUAACUUUAUGAACAAACAUUUCAUACAUAUACUGUAGACCUGUUUAACCUUCCUGGCAGGAGGAAUUAUAAUUCAAUACAAAUAUUGUAGGAAUUUUACCUAUUUUUAUACAUAUUUCACUUUCUGGAUAAUUACAUUCCACAUACUGUAAACUGAAUGAGCUUAGAUAGCUUUUCAGAAGAAGCUACUGUAUAUUUCAUACAUUCUACCUAUCAAACCUUAUUGUUAUACAAGUGGGAAGAAGUCAUUUUUUGACUUUUUUUGGCAACAA